AUGGCUGCUCGGCUGCUCCUGCCCGCGGCGCGGUGGUUGGUGGCCGGGGCCCGGACCGGGCGGGCUGGGAUCAGUACCGCACCCAACCGCAACAAGAAGCGGUGGCUUCGCGCCUACCUGGAGCAGCAGCGACUGGAGGAGCCACCACGGCGGCGGUCAGAGAAGCCAAACUGGGAUUAUCAUGCCGAGAUACAAGCCUUUUGCCACCGCCUACACGAGAAUUUUUCGUUGGAUCUUCUCAAGACAGCCUUUGUUAACUCCUGUUACAUUGAAAGUGAGGAGGCGAGGCGCCGACAGCUGGGGCUGGACAAGGAAGCAGUUGCUCUUCACCUCCAGGAUAACAGUAAACUUGGCGAACAGGGGAUGGCUUUUUCACGCUCUUACCUGAGGCAGUGCUUUGAAGCUGCCUACCCAGAUCUGCCUGCAGCAGGAACAGGAGCACUUGUUGAUUUUCUUACUAGUCAGGAACUAGUUUCUUACGUGGCUCAAAACUUGUCCAUACAGGACCUGACGCUCUGCAGAGACUUUCCUGCCCCACCAGAUGUGCUACAGAGGACAUUUUUUGCUGUGAUAGGAGCACUGCUCGACAGCAGUGGGCCUGAGAAAACAGGGAUCUUUGUCAGGGAUUUUUUUAUUCCCCAACUGAUCGGAAAAGACCUGUUUGAGAUCUGGGAAGUGAUCAAUCCUAUGGGCUUACUUGUGGAAGAACUGAGCAAGAGGAAUAUCUCUGCUCCAGAACCAAGAAUUACCAGACAGCUGGGAGUCAGCACAGUUACGCCACUGUACUUCGUUGGGUUGUACUGUGAUAAGAAGAUCAUAGCUGAAGGUCCUGGUGAAACCUUGCUUGCCGCAGAGGAAGAGGCGGCCCGUGUGGCACUGCGGAAGCUCUAUGGGUACACAGAGAACAGGAGACCCUGGGAUUACUCAAAACCCAAACCAGCACUGGCAGCAGCAGCAAAGGCCAUCAGCAGUAACUAGAUGAUAGAAGACAUUUCUGUUUUCUCUCCCACACUACUGGCUUUUGUGCUUAACAUGGAUGUAUUUAGGAAAACAAAAUUCUGGUUUUGGUUUUCUGGUCUUCGGUGCUUGAAAGUUUCAAAUCAAAUAUAGUGUUACAAUAAAGUCUUUUCUUUUGUACCAAGUUCAAUUUAUGUUCAUUUUCCUAAACAUACCAGUAAGUACCCUGGUGUCAAAUGUGUACCUCGUGGAUGAGUUGUUUUUCCAUACGUCACAGGAGGUAGUUUGGAAUGUGGCUUACUGAUGUGUGACAAAACCUCUCUGUACAGAGAAAGCUUUCAUGGGUGCCUCCCUGGAGAUGGAUGUGAGGAUAUUUCUGUCAAGAGAGUUGAAUUACAUGUGCAGUGUGGGUUCUUGGAUUGCUUCUGGAUUCAUUUGUUUUCAUCACAGAAUCAUCAAUGUUGGAAAAGACCUCUAGGAUUGAGUCCAGCCACUAACCCUGACCGUGUGAAAGCAUCAAGCGUGCUGUCCGUGAUGACAACACUGUGUUGGUGAUCCGCUGGAAGCAAAAAGAAGCACUGCCUGCACACCUGUAGCUCUUCUGAUGUAACUCCAGGUAAAUGGAAAUUCACUUGGGAAUAACUUGUGUACCUGCCUCACAUUCCCAUUGACUGUUCCAGGAGCUGUGUAUGUGUCCUAGGAGAUGAGAUGUGUGAGGACUAUGACUCUGGUGGAAUGACCGCCCUUCAGUUGAGAGUCUGUUAAAAAUGAGCUGGGCCCUCCAAGGAAGGAGUUGAAUGUGGGAGAGUGGUUAACAAUGAGUUUCUGCCCUAUCCUGGUUGCAAAGAGACACAACAAGUAAAUGUGUCUUCACUGAUAAGGCAAAAAUAAAUCCAGAGGUGGCUGUUCAGGCAGACCUGAUACGGCUGGUGGUAAGGUGUAUCCCUUGCGCUCUGCCCCCUGGCAUGAGUCUGUGUGAAGGACUCUUGGCCGCAAAAGGUCCCAGGCUGGAGCCACAGCUGCUGGGUGGAUCCAUGGUGCAGCACUGGGCACGAGGACAGGCUCUAGCUCUGCUCUGCUCGCUGGAAACAGGUACAAGUGUCCUCAAGCGAAGGAUUAGCAGCUGGUGACUCUGUGUCUCCAGAGUUGGCUGUGACCUGCAUCUUUGUGCAUAAAAUGCUUGUGCAGCUGGAUAGCUGCAGAAAGGCUUUUCUUCUGCAGUCCAGCGUGGGAGGUAGGUGUGAAAGCUCAGCUAUACAAAGGAGAGCAGAAAGAUCAGUCUGGCAUAAAGUGUGUGUAAAAUUGCCUGGCCAGAAUGCUGCACUCCACACAAGCAAUCUUACUGCUUACAUAAGCAAAGCCAAUAAGGUCACUGUAUUCCAGGGGAAUAACAGCAAGGUCUGAAAAGAGGAUAGAAACUGGGCAUGCUAUUUUUAGUUGCUAGAUGAGGUAUUUCUCUUACCUUUACCUAUUUUAAAAGGUCAAGAGUGAAGGUGAGUAUUUAUAUCCAAAGUUUGAUAUACCUACUGAUUUCUAUAUCAGUAUCAGUGUAUUGGAGAGAUGAAAAAGCAGUUUUGUGGCACUUUACCUUAAAAGAAUAUUUAAAACCUGCAUAUGGGCCUAAGUCCCAGGAGAAGGGGAUUACUGAACAGUGUACUGGAAAAAAACUGAGUAAUGCAAGAUAAAUCAAUUUACUGUGUAGCACUUAUAUGGAAUGCCUUGAGCUCCAACAGAAAGACAGUUUGGGGACAUGGAAAGAAAGGACCAGAUUUUUAUAGAAGUGUGAGUGGAAAAGGAGGCUUUAUAAGAAAACAUGUCCUAUUUUAAAGCUUCCAGAGGUCACAAAAGCAUUGUGUAUGGUAUCUGUGCUUUAAUUUCUGGCACUCAAGCAUAUAUUUAAGGAUUUAUCAUUGUAUCAGUGGGAUCAUUACAUACUUCAG